GUUCGAUUUCGACCGGCGCCGCGACAGGAAGCAUUUUCUGAACGGGGGUUGCGUUUGAGGGAUAAGUCAGUGCUCAAAGUAAAGAAGAGCAGCGGGGAAAAUUGAAAAGAAGUUUUGCUUUCGAUUUCGAAAUCGGACGGAAAAGUUGGAAAAGAGGGAGUGGAGCAGAUGAAGCGGAAAAUUAAUUUCCCAUUGCCCGAGUGAUGGUCAAGUGCGUAGAGAAAUAAAAAAAAAGGAAAAACGAAAAAAAAAGUGAAGGUGAGCAAAUGGAAAAUGCAAAAAAAAAGGAAAUAAUUUAAUGCUGAUUUUCCGGGGGCAAAAAAAGCAAAUACGAACCCAAUACCUCCACUGAUGGUGUUGAUGGGGGAAAAGUUUUUCACUCAAUUGUUGAUCCAACCUUUGAAAAGAAGCUGCUGAAAGCGUGAGCUGCAUGUUGAUCCCAAGGAAGGAAAUUGUGAUUUAAAAGUUUUUCAUCUAAAUGGAAUAUUGUUCGAUAAAUGUGUUAACUGCAGGUCAAAAAUAUGAUACCAGUUCAAAGGAUGUAAAAGUUGUGCUAGAGUCGAGUUUUUGCUGACCAGUUGGAGGCGUUUCCCACGCAAGCAUUGUUUGGAUUAAAGUUAAAAGGGGUGCCAAAUACCGAUAGAUUUGGAAGCAUGCACGUUGCGGAUACGAUAACCUACCAUUAUGCAAAUAACUACACGUUAAAUAUAAGUGAUGCAGAAAUAAUCAACUCACACGACGUCCUGUACGACGUUCCGGUGGGGCUGGUCGUGCUGCUGUCGGUGUUCUACGGCACCAUCAGCGUCCUGGCUGUGAUAGGCAACUCGCUGGUGAUAUGGAUCGUCCUGACGACGAAGCAGAUGCAAACUAUUACAAACAUGUUUAUAGCGAACCUGGCCCUGGCCGACGUCAUCAUCGCGAUGUUCGCGAUUCCGUUCCAGUUCCAGGCCGCCGUGCUGCAGCGGUGGAACCUGCCGGACUUUAUGUGCCCGUUCUGUCCGUUCGUGCAGCUGCUCAGCGUCAACGUGUCCGUGUUCACGCUGACGGCGAUCGCCGUCGACCGGCACCGGGCCAUCAUCAACCCGUUGAGGGCCCGCACCUCCAAAAACAUCUCCAAGUUCGUGAUCAGCGCCAUCUGGACGUUGUCGUUUUCGCUGGCCGCCCCGAUGCUGGUCGCCCUGCGGGUCGAACCGGUUUCCAACCUGGUCCUGGGGGAAAACAACGACACGUACGUCAACGUGACGAAACCCUUCUGCCAGGUGGUCAACUUUGAGCAGUCCGAGAUGCUGUUCUAUCGGUACAUUUUGACGCUGGUGCAGUACUUUGUCCCGCUGUGCGUCAUCAGCUUCGUGUACAUCCAGAUGGCGUUCCGGCUGUGGGGCUCGAAAACGCCCGGAAAUGCGCAAGAUUCGCGCGACAUCACCAUGCUGAAGAACAAGAAGAAGGUUAUCAAAAUGUUGAUCAUCGUGGUAGCCCUCUUCGGCAUCUGCUGGUUUCCGCUGCAGCUGUACAAUAUUCUGCACGUAACGUGGCCAGAGGUUAACCAGUACCGGUACAUCAAUAUCAUCUGGUUCAUAUGCGACUGGCUGGCGAUGAGCAACAGCUGCUACAAUCCGUUCAUUUAUGGCAUUUAUAAUGAAAAGUUCAAACGUGAGUUCCACAAGCGGUUUCCGUUCCGGGGCCGAGGCCAGGGCGGCUACCACCAGGACCAGUCGAUUGAUAAAACCCUGUCUAUAUUCACCCGCGUCAGCUCGGUCCGGUCCAGCUACGCGACGUCCUCGAUCCGGAACAAGCACGCCACCGGACGGCCGGCAGGGGCCAUCGGUGGCUUUGGAACUGGCACAAACUUUUACCACCAGCAGGCACUGCAGUACAAAACGACGAAUCUCAACAACCAGGACCGCAGUCCGAACGGCCGACUCAACAACGGUCCACCGCCGUGGGAUUCCAAGGGUUGUUCCUGCCGCAAGUCGACCAACAGCAACGGUUCGAACUCCGCCAGCGUGCAGCUGCUCGGCGCCGGAACCGACUCCGCGUUUCCCCGCAACGAACCGGAUUGUCCGCCGAGCGAGCGGAAGCUAAUCAACGGAACAGGAACGGCGGACAAGAUCGAUUUUAUCGACAUAGUCUCGUUGAAUCAUCCCCACCCGGACAGUGCCGAUGACGGCGAGGUGGACGACGAGAAUGGUCAGAACGAUCUGAACCGGAGACAACAGUCGGUGGCUUCCGGGGAUCGGUUUCACUUGUACUGUAACAACUUGCAGACCUUUAAGCUGUAUGACUAGGUCCGGCAAUGAGACAGGGUUGGGUAAAAGUGGCAGCUAAAAUAAGAAUGAUUAAUUAAUUGGAGUUGUAUUCAAUUUCCCUUUCUAUUGAAACCAAAGAGCACAAGAAAUAUAUCUAUGUAUACCUGUUGAAACAC